AAAAGCACUUAUAUAAAGAAAGUCAUCUUAUCUAAUGUCAUCAAGCAAAGACACAAAACAGUGUGCUUGAAAAUCGUUCCUAGAAUACUCGCUGAAAAUGAAAAUAGAAUUGAAUGAUAAGGAUAUAAUUAUAAAUAAGGAGAGCGCAGUAAUAUCAUACUGCAACAAGGGGGCGCCCCACCCUAAAUAAUGUAAUGUACCCCACGUGCACGAAACAACGCGUUUGUCUAUUAAACAAGCAUAAAUUCUAAACGUUUUGUGGUCAUUAUUGGUUUUAUGCGUAUGGGAAAAUAUUAAAAGUCAGAGAAGGUAUAAUGUGUGGGGGUUAGGGCAGUGUGUAGGGUGUAAUGUGAUAAGGAAAAGGCUGCCUCAGGCGGGUAAUGUGGCGGGAGGCCUGCGCGCGCGCCCUCGUUUAGCGCCUUUCCGCCAGGCUUGGCGCGUGACUUCACCAACGGCUUCAUCUUAUAGACCGCAAUGUCUAGAGGCCUACUUGUGUCGAAAAACAACGCUUUACACACACACACACACACACACACACACACGAAGACUUAACACCGGCAGGUCCACUGCAUGUAAAUACAAUUGUGAUCAUCACAAACAUCACAGAAACAAACUGAUGGUUGAAGUAACACAGCCUAUAGUGUUAAGUGUGACAGUGUUGUGUCUCCAUCUGGACAUCGCUCUUAAUAUGUGGAGAAUGUCUUCAUAUAGCUAAAGCACUGAAUUGAAGUGCGUGAGUGUGGUGCAUCAUGUUAAAAAAGCAGGAGCGCUGCUUCAUGGGCCGUCACUGAGCUUCAUCCUCUCCUUCAUGAGCUUCAUUACACCUGGAAUUCUGAAAUGAUUAAACCUAUUGAUUGUCAAACUAAUGUAUUCUGACACAAGUAUCCCGGACUCUUUUGUGCGGGUUUUGUGUGUGUGUGUGUGUGUGUGUGUGUCUGAGCGCGCUUGUUUUCUGGUAAAGACACUCCCCUCGGUGUAUUUUCUCCACAGCGAGAUACGCGACACUCGCGGUUCGGUGAGCCAAUCAGAGCGCGAGCGCUUUUAAAGGGCCGUUAAGAGCGCACGCGACCGUUUUAAAGUCUGUCUCAGUUUCCUGCAUUGUGGACCAUGACACUUUGGACGUGCUAGUCUUGAGCUGGAUCUAAUUUCUUUCGAAGAAGAAUGGAGUGAGUGAAUUUCAAGCAUCACGACUUCGGCUUUGCUGCUCCUCUCCUCCAGAGUGUUGCACUUGUUGCGCUUCCUCCGUCUCCAUCUAACGGACUAGCACUCAUCCAUCCAGGGAAGGGGCUUCGCAACAGGUUCACAUUUCCCCCAUCGCAGAGGUGUAAGGUGCAUGUUUUUAGGGCUCUUGAUCCGAAAUCCGAGACGCAUUUAAAGAAAAGGCGAUCGUGUCCCGAUUACGAUGCCCGUGUUGACGAGUCCAGAGAUCGCCAAGAAGUUCAAGGAGAAAUGGAUGCUGCUGCAUCCGGAGGAUCAGGAGGACGCGGGCGGCGCUGUGAGCUUUGAUGACAGUCUCACGAGCCUGCACUGGCUGCAGAACUUCUCCAUCAUGAGCGCGGCACCGGACAGAGCGCCCGGUUUCGGCUGGCGACCGCAGCAGCUUCUGCACCCACCGGGUGGCACUGAGUCUCCCUCCAGCCCUCCUGCAGGUGACACGGCCGCCUCGGGCACCGCACACACUCCCGGAAACCCCGCCGCCACCUGCAGCAAGCUGGCCGGAGCGAGCGCCUACACGCCGCUGUACGGGCACAGCGGAGCUCAGCCGCAUGAGGAGGUCGAUUAUAAAAGCAACCCGCAUGUGAAACCGCCAUACUCAUACGCCACGCUCAUCUGCAUGGCCAUGCAAGCCAGCAAGAAGACCAAAAUCACCCUGUCCGCCAUCUACAGCUGGAUCACCGAGAACUUCUGCUACUACAGACAUGCCGAGCCCAGCUGGCAGAAUUCAAUUCGCCACAACCUGUCUCUGAACAAGUGCUUUAUGAAGGUCCCCAGGCAGAAGGACGAGCCGGGAAAGGGAGGCUUCUGGCAAAUCGAUCCCCAGUAUGCAGACAUGUUUGUGAAUGGGGUCUUCAAAAGAAGACGAAUGCCUGCCACAAAUUUCAGCACCCAGAGACAAAACAGAAUUCUGUCCUCUUGCUCCCCUUACAGCCCUCAGUUCAACCCACACAUGGGCAUGGAUCACUACCAAGAACAUGUAGCAGGAAACAAACGCAAACAGGCCUGUCCCAAACGAGGGGGCAAACUGGGGAGAAUGUCCCAGUCCCCCUUGUUAGCGAGCGAGAUCAAAACAUCAGAUGUGCUCCGAGGAGAUUUUGACCUGGCCUCAGUGUUUGAUGAUGUCCUCAGUGGAAAUGGCAGCACGUUUGAGGACCUGGACAUCAACACUGCUCUGAGUUCCCUUGGCUGUGAGAUGGAAGUGCCCUCUCAGAACCAGCAUGCAUCCACUGUGUCCAAAUGGUACAGCAACGAGGACGAGCAAGCUUGUGCUUACUUGGAAAUGAGCAGCAUGAUGGGAUGUAGCAUGGAAGACUUUCAGCGCCAGCAGCAGCCGCAGCAACAGCAGUUACAAACCCAUCAGCAAUAUUAUGAGGGACUGGCACUGUUUUCAGACCUGCCUCAACAGCAGCAACCCUGGGAGGUUAAAGAGGAGGCCCAGGCCAUUCCUCUGUCUCUGGAUCAGGGCUACGGGCUGUGUGAAGGAUUUUUUUCUGAGAUGCCUAUGUGGGAGAGGGGAGAGGUGUUUCUCUGAACCCAUGCACUCUCACUGCUGGUCUACUGGCCUGGUGACUUUUGUUUUGCUACAUUAGCAUAAUGAAUUGUUCAAGAAAUACUGUGUAAUUAUACUUUUUAAUUUCUUUGGAUUUUUCCCUGAGUAUCUAUGCUAAAAUGUUGAUAAUUAUCCUUAUUCUUUUUUGAAGACUUUUAAAUCAUGGUUGGAUUCAGUAACAUGCUAAUGACUACUGUGGAACAUAUCAAAUUAGUGGCAAAUUUUGCGUAGAUAAAUCAAGUUAAAUCUAUAUUAAUUUUAGUUCACUUGAUAUUUAGAUAUGGUCAUAAUAUGAAUAGGUGAUAUUUUUACAUCUUUAAAUAAAUAAAUAAAAAUCAGAUAUUGGAUGGGAAGGGGAUGCAACAAGCCAAAGUGCUUUGCAGAAAUAUUCUUCAGAAAUCCAGCACAAGCACUUUGAGUCAGUGUUUCAGUUUUAUUCCUAUAUAUCAACCUUGUAAUUUAUUUGAUAAAAUGUGAGAAAAUGUGGUUUCAUUCUUUCUUUCUUUUUACAAUUCCUUUCUUUUUUACAUAAGCUGUUUUAAAAUGCCAUUGUCCUGAUUUUUUUAAUUAAUUGUUAGGAGCAAUAUCAUGUUAAGGCAAGGACUGUUUUAGAUUUGUAUUUGUAUCGAGUUACCUAACAUGCAACUUGAAUCUAAUUAUAUUGUGUACUUGAAUAAAAGGAUCAACAAUCUCUGCAAGUUGUGGUGUAAUUAUAUGUCAAACAGUCCAGUGGUGUUUCAACCUUGGUGAUCAGUAAAAACAUUUAUAUACUGCACAACUGACCACACCUGGUUAAAAGGUAAGUCCCUGGGAUUACUGUAUGUCUUCAACUAUAUGAUAUCAUUUUAAAAGAGUCUAAACAGUUAAGCAAGGUAAAAUUUAUCCCCAACCCCUUGUUGUAAGGUUGGGAAAUCCACCAUUUACUAUUUUACUAGAAGGUUGUAGGUUCAAUUACCAGUGGCCUCCUCAUGUUUCUUCCACCCGAGCAUCUUUUAGGGGACAUUUAAAUAAAUAAAGUAUGAGCUUUAGGUGUGGGUGAUACUAAUGUCUUCUUUAUACACUUUUAUGGUUUUAAGGCAGCUUUCUGGGGUAUGUACUCUCAUCGAACUGAAAAGUGAGUUUUAAAACACUACAUUAUUAUAAUUUGGGAAUUUCCACUGUUCACAAAACCAGCUCAUUACAUUUUAAUUGUUUGGAUAUUGAUCACAGAGCCUGAGUCAGUCGCUCCAGUUGAACAUGAUGCCACACACAGGUCAUCAUCCUAUACCAGUUUCCCUGCUCUGUAGCGGUUCUUGUGUUUUACUGACAGAACAGUUUAUUUAUCGACAAGGACAAGGAGUGUGCAAAUAUGUUUCAGACAUGUCUGGACUGGCCCACCUUCUUCAAAUGACUUUCAGUUGCACCGAAUAAAUAACUGUAAUGC